AUGCCUUGUAUGUGUCUCCUCUCCCCCUCUCCCCCUCUUUCCCCCUCCCCCCCUCCCCAUCUCCCCCUCUCCCCAUCUCCCCCUCUCUCCCUCUCCCCCUCUCUCCCUCUUCCCCUCUCUUCCUCUCUCCCUCUCCCCCUCUCCCACUCUCCCCUUGCCUCCUUCAAACACCCAUCAGCCACUCCCGUCGUCCCAUCAGCCACUUCCGUCGUCCCAUCAGCCACUCCCAUCGUCCCAUCAGCCACUCCCGUCGUCCCAUCAGCCACUCCCGUCGUCCCAUCAGCCACUCCCGUCGUCCCAUCAGCCAUUCCCGUCGCCCCAUCAGCCACUCCCGUCGUCCCAUCAGCCACUCCCGUCGUCCCAUCAGCCACUCCCGUCGUCCCAUCAGCCACUCCCGUCGUCCCAUCAGCCACUCCCGUCGUCCCAUCAGCCACUCCCGUCGUCCCAUCAGCCACUCCCGUCGUCCCAUCAGCCACUCCCGUCGUCCCAUCAGCCACUCCCGUCGUCCCAUCAGCCACUCCCGUCGUCCCAUCAGCCACUCCCGUCGUCCCAUCAGCCACUCCCGUCGUCCCAUCAGCCACUCCCGUCGUCCCAUCAGCCACUCCCGUCGUCCCAUCAGCCACUCGAGUCUCGUCAUCCCAUCAGCUAGUCUUCCAGCAUAAUCAUCUUGCGAAAGGCGUGAAUUGUGUGGAUCAGGACCGCCCCUGCUUGAGUGCCUCUUGA